CUGGCUGGGCGUGAGGGUCCGGCUGGCUGGCUGCGAGGGAGCCUCCCCCUGUCCCUCCUUCUCCUCCUCCUCUGCCCGCCUGCUUCCCCGCACAGCAGCCUGGGCCUGGGCCGGGCUCAGGCCGAGAGUCCAAGGCGGUCGGGGGAAAGCCCCGAAACUUUACAGAGUGGCGGCGGCCGCCACGCUGAAGCAAUGUGGCUGCUAUGGCUGCUCUUGGGCUCGGCUGAAAGCCAACUUUUGCCUUGGAAUAAUUUCACAAAUGAAUGCAAUAUCCCUGGAAACUUCAUGUGCAGCAAUGGACGCUGCAUCCCAGGAGCCUGGCAAUGUGAUGGGCUGCCAGACUGCUUUGACGAAAGUGAUGAAAAGGAAUGCCCAAAAGCCAAAUCUAAAUGUGGCUCCACUUUCUUUCCCUGUGCAAGUGGAAUUCACUGCAUCAUUGGUCGCUUUCGAUGUAAUGGGUUUGAAGAUUGUCCUGAUGGUAGUGAUGAAGAUAACUGUACAGCAAAUCCUUUGUUGUGCUCUACUGCCCGAUUUCACUGUAGAAAUGGCCUGUGCAUUGAUAAAAGUUUUGUGUGUGACAAUCAGAAUAACUGCCAAGACAACAGUGAUGAGGAAAGUUGUGAAACCCUGCAAGAAUCUGGCAGUGACCAGGAUUAUGUGACCACAGAGCCUCAGCUGCUGUACUAUCCCAGUAUUACCUACGCAAUUAUUGGCAGCUCUGCCAUUUUUGUGCUGGUAGUGGCUCUGCUUGCCUUGGUGUUGCACCACCAGCGGAAACGCAACAAUCUCAUGACACUUCCAGUGCAUCGUUUGCAGCACCCUGUCCUUCUAUCCCGGCUGGUUGUCCUUGAUCAUCCACAUCACUGCAGCGUAACCUACAAUGUCAAUAAUGGUGUUCAGUACAUGUCCAACCAGGCGUACCAUAGGCCACCAGACCUAGACUCUCCACCAUCUUAUUCAGAAGCUGUGCUAGACCAAAGCAGACCUCCAUGGUUUGAUCUUCCUCCACCUCCGUAUUCCUCAGAAUCAGAAUCCCAGAAUCACAUAGAUCUCCCUCCCUAUCGAUCUCGGACUGGGAGUGUGGUGAGCACAGAUGCUCCAGUGGCCAGAAGUCAACUGAAUGCAGAAAGCAGUCGAACCAGAAGCACCGUUAACAGUUUGGACUAUCACAGUAUGCGACAAGAAAUUCCAACUGAGCAAAGUGACUCUUUAAUCAGUUCCCUUUCUACUGAGGAACUGUAAGCAGCUAUUUAUAAAGUUCUUAUGGAUGGAUCUGUGCUAAGAAGUCAAGUGUCCAGAAGCACUUGGGCUCAUUCUUUGUGACUUCUGCAGUGCAAACUGGAGCUGCAGAAGCUUCCAUUCAAUUACUCCCACUCAUUUCAAAGGAUUUUGGAGAAACACACCAGAAUAUUGUGCCUAAAGGGACUCAGCCAUGUUACAUUUUAGGCAUGCUGACUUUGGGAGCAGUUCUGGAAUUUCAGUUCAGAUUCAGUUUGAUUCUGUAACAUAUUGUUCUUCUAAGGUAUUUCAGGGGUAUUUACUGUGUGUAUGUGUUUCAAUAUACACAUGAAUAUGCACACCUAUAUUUGGAAAAAUCCUGAUGCUGUUUUAUAAAUAUGUAUGUCUGUGUAAGUUUGUAUAUAGUUACAGCAGUAUGUGAAGCUCGCAUUAUGCAAGCAUAAAUCCAUUUUCCUGGUU